CCAACGUCCCCUCCCCCCGGACAGGUGGUGGUGGCCACCAACAUCGCGGAGACGUCGGUGACAAUCGAUGGCAUCGUCUACGUGCUGGACCCGGGGUUCUGCAAACAGAAAAGCUACAGCGCCCGCACCGGCAUGGAGUCCCUGGUGGUGACACCGUGUUCCAGGGCCUCAGCCAAUCAGCGCGCAGGCCGCGCUGGCCGCGUGGCUCCCGGGAAAUGUUUCCGUCUCUACACGGCCUGGGCGUUCCAGCACGAACUGGAGGAGAGCAUCAAUGACCUGAUCCACUUUGAUUUCCUGGACCCUCCCCCCCACGAGACGCUGGUGCUGGCGCUGGAGCAGCUCUACGCCCUGGGGGCCCUGAACCACCUGGGAGAGCUCACCACGCUGGGCCGGCGCAUGGCGGAGCUGCCGGUGGAGCCAAUGUUGGCCAAGAUGAUCCUGGCGAGCGAGCGGUACGGCUGCACGGAUGAAGUUCUCUCAGUGGUCGCCAUGUCCCCAAUGUCCCCAUUGUCCCCAUUGUCCCCAAUGUCCCCAAUGUCCCCAAUGUCCCCAUGGGUGGCCAGCGGUCACUCUCUGCAGUGGUGCUACGAGCACUUUGUCCAAGCGCGGUCCCUGCGCCGCGCCCGCGACGUGCGGGACCAGCUCCAGGGGCUGAUGGAGCGCGUGGAGAUCGCGCCGUCCUCCUGCGGGGCCAACCUGGACCUGGUGCGCAAGGUACGGACCCAAAACAUCCCAAAAUGGACCCAAAAAUAUCCCCAAAAUAUCCCAAAAUGGACCCAAAAAUAUCCCAAAAUCCCCCCAAAACACACCCCGGAGAUGGCGCCGUCCUCGUGCGGGGCCAACCUGGACCUGGUGCGCAAGGUGAUCGAGAUCGACAGCUCCUGGCUGCUGGAGGUGGCCCCUGUGUCCCCUCUGUCCAUUCCCUGGGUGAUCGAGAUCGACAGCUCCUGGCUGCUGGAGCCCCAGGUGUCACAGCUGUCCCCUCCAUGUCCCCAGGUGAUCGAGAUCGACAGCUCCUGGCUGCUGGAGGUGGCCCCUGUGUCCCCUCCUCCGUGUCCCCUUGGCCCCAGGGAUGUCCCCAGCUGUCCCCAGGGAUGUCCCCAGGUGUCCCCAAGUGUCACAGCUGUCCCCCCCUGUCCCCAGGUGAUCGAGAUUGACAGCUCGUGGCUGCUGGAGGUGGCCCCCCAUUAUUACCAGGCCAAGGAGCUGGAGGACGGCAGCGGCCGCAAGAUGCCCAAGAAGGCGGGGAAGGCRCGCGAGGAGCUGGGCUGAGCCUCGGGGACACCUCGGGGACACUUUGGGACACCGUGGGGACRUUUUGGGGACACUUUGGGACACCCCAAUACAGCCCCCGCCGAGGGGCGGAGCAUCGGCGCCCCUCCCCCCGCGUGUGCCGGGGACGCCGCUGUCCCCGAUGUCACCGCUGUCACUUUAUUCUGUACAUUAACUUAAGGGGGGGAGGGGACACGGGGGGUGAC